AUGGCGGGGCCUUUGCGACGAGAGCUGGGCCGCUCCUACCCUUUCCCGGUGCAAAGCUUGCACCUCGCCAACCUCCCGGCCGUCCCGCAGCACGAAACCUCCUCGCCCGGCUUCUUGCCCGAAGCCUUCAGCGGGGCGACGGCCGGGCAGGCCUUUGGCUUCAAGCCCGAUUACGGCCCCCAGGGAGGGAUCGGAGAGUCCUACCCCGGCGGGGGUGAAGUGCCUCACUGGUACCCCUUCGCUCCCGCCGGGGAUGCCUGGAGCCACGCUCCGGGCAUCAUGGUCAAUCCUUACGUCCUGGCUCAGCCCGGGGAAGCCUGCCAGGCUUCCAAGGCCGAGAUCAAAGUCGAGCGCGACUUCGACCAAGCGGGCCCCUAUUACGGAGGGCAUCCCUGGGCCGGCGGGUGUCUGUUCCCUUCGGCGCCGGUCCAGGCCAGUCCGGCUUCUUGCAGCAGCAACAACAGCAUCAAGGAAGCCGCUUCGCCCAGUCCGGAUCCCGAGCCUUCCAGCAGCCCCGCCAGCCAGUCCGGAGAGCCAGCCAGUCCGGACAGCGCGGAGAGCAGUCCCCGGAGCGAUGGCAGCCUGACCCCCAGCGAGCAGAUGGCCUCGGAGGAAGCGAAAGAGGAAGAGGGCAGCGGUGAAGAGGAAACUACCACUACAGAAGAGCUGGAACAGUUUGCUAAGGAGUUGAAGCACAAAAGGAUUACCCUGGGCUUCACUCAGGCAGACGUGGGGCUGGCCCUGGGUUUACUCUAUGGGAAGAUGUUUAGUCAAACCACCAUCUGCCGCUUUGAAGCUUUGCAACUCAGCUUCAAGAACAUGUGUAAGCUGAAGCCCCUUCUUCAGCGUUGGCUUCAAGAGGCUGACAGUAACGAGAAUUUGCAGGAGCAACUGUGCUCCAUGGAGUCGGCCAUGAUCCAGGCUCGGAAACGCAAGCGCACCAGCAUUGAGAACAACGUGCGGGGUUUACUCGAGUCGUACUACCUGCGCUGCCCCAAGCCUAACCUGCAGGAGAUUUCACAGAUUGCUGGCGACCUCUGCCUGGAGAAGGAUGUAGUACGCGUCUGGUUUUGCAACCGCCGUCAGAAGGGCAAGCGCAAUGGAAACGGCCCUCGGGAGGAGCCCGAUGGUCCUGUUCCACCCCAAGCUUGUCCUCAUGGGCCGCUCCAAGCGCCGCCCCACGGCCUUGGCCCCGUCCACCAGCUGCCUCCACCGCCCCAGGGCUACAACACAACUGCGUUUGCUGCUGUUUACGUGCCCCAGUUCCACGAAGGGGAAGUCUUUAUCGCUCCCACCUCGACCCCCACUGUGAUGGGCCACCCAAUGCAUUCCACCUGA